GUAUAAAGCUUUCCUGAGGACGAGAAUGGCCCCGUUUGGGUGCUGAAUAUGUAUGUCCCCUUGCCCCGUUGCCACAAUGAAGUUGCCAUCGACCCCGAAGAUCUUCCGUGGAUGAAUCUCUUCGAACGUCAAGAAGUCGGACCUUUCGGGCGAUAUGUGUGUCGUUGCUCCAGAAUCUGCUGCGAAUAUCCCGGACGUGCUGAUCGCUAGUGCGCGCUUGUCGUCCCUGGCUAACAUUGAGUACUCUGAUGAUGCGUUCGAGGUGCUGCGGGGUCGAGAUGGAUACGCGCUGUAGAGUUCUUCCAGCUCUUCAUUGGAGUACACGAGUUUCCCGUCUGCCCCUUUCAGUGCGAUCCGACGUCCCGUGGAGGUGGUCGGGGCGGUUGGUGUCCUCUGGUCUCUGCCUGCCCGUCUUGCUUCGCGUUUCUUCAGUACCUCGUCUCGCCGUCCCUCCAUUGCACCGCCUUUGGCCCAGCACUCGUCUGUUCUGUGUGGGCCUUUGCAUGUGAUGCAGCGACCACUUGCUGUCGGCUUCUGUGUGCUUGCUCGUGCGCUGUUUGCACGUUCCUCCUCCUCCGCUUGAUGCUUGAGCUCCUCCUCUAGACGGAUCUUCUCUUUCUCUAGCAUGUGGACUAUCUGUGCCGGUUUAGCGUUUGAGUCGUCCUCAUACUUUGUGCGAAUGUGUCUUAGCGGUUCUCCCGUUAGGGCGCUGAGGAGGAUGGCGAGGGCGAGUUUGUCUGCAUCGAGUGGUCCUAUCUCGAAGAUCUGCUUGCACGCGUUACGUAUGGCAGUGGCGUUGUCGAGCAUGCUUGCGUCCCUGUGUAUGCGGAUUCGAAUUUCUUCCAGAUAUCGUUUGCGGAGGUGAUUGUGCAGUUGUCCCGGAGCUUGUCGUUCUUAACCCAGGUUGCUUCGUCUGCAUGUGCCGCUGGUGGUCUCGAUACGAGGCCCUGUACGUAGUCGCUUAUGCCAGCGUACAUGAAUGCGUCUUCGGCUGCUUCUGCCCACGGUACAUAGUUCUUUUUCUCGAAGUCCAG